CAGAGCUCCAGCAGAGAUAGCAGCAGGCAGGCACCUCCACGCUGCUCAGGCUAACUCGCUUUCGGCUUUGGUUCGAGAUGGAGACACGCUGCACCCUGAGGGGCUCCAGAGCCCGCAACUUUAAAAGUGGUUUGUCGCUGUGGCUGAUUCUGUGGCUGGUGGUGGUGAAGCCGGGCGGGGUUUCUGCAUGCCCCAGGCUGUGUGUGUGUUACCCCACGCCCAUGACGGUCAGCUGCCAGUCCCAGAACCUCUCCACGGUACCAGCCGACGUGCCCUACGACUCUCAACGGGUUUUCCUGCAGAACAACCGCAUCACUGAGCUUCGCGCAGACUCAUUUGGCUUCGAGACCCAGGUGCUCUGGCUGUACGGCAACAACAUCACGUGGAUUGAGGCUGGAGCCUUCAGUAACCUCCGGAUUCUGGAGGAGCUGGAUCUGGGCGACAAUCCCUCUCUGCGACACCUGGAAGGUGGAGCGUUCAGGGGCCUGGAGAAGUUGCAGAGCCUGCACAUGCACCGCUGCAAGCUGGCCACUCUCCCCCAUGACAUCUUCCACAAACUGUACAGCCUGCAGUUCCUCUACCUGCAGGAAAAUCAGCUUCACUUCCUGCAGGACGACCUGUUCUCAGAUCUGGUCAACCUCACCCAUCUUUUCCUGCAUGGAAAUCGCAUCCGCGCCCUCUCCGAGAACGUGUUCCGAGGCCUGGUCAACCUGGACCGCCUCCUCCUCCACGAGAACCGCAUCAGACAGGUCAACCGCCGGGCCUUCCGCGACCUGGGCCGGCUGACCAUCCUUUACCUCUUCAACAACUCCCUGGCCGAGCUGCCGGGCCAGGCCAUGAAAGACGUGCAGGACAUCCAGUUCCUCCGCCUCAACAGCAACCCCUGGUCCUGCGGCUGCGAGGCCCGUCCCCUCUGGGAGUGGUUCCGCAAAGCUCGCAUCUCCUCCUCCGAGGUCAUGUGCAGCUCCCCCAGCCAGCGUCGCGGCCAGGACCUCAGAUUCCUGCGUGAGCUGGACUUUGCCCUCUGCCCUGUGCCUGACCCCGGCUCCAUGGCUGGAAGCACCACGACCACCUUCAGCACCAAGACCCGUUGGUGGUUCUCCAAGCACAAGCCCGCAUCUUCAUCAAAGUCCACCUACCAGAAGAGCUCGGAAACCUCAAAGACCUUCCCCUCCUAUGCCGGAAAGCCUCAGUACGUCCCGAAGAUCGCCCCGGAAACCCUGCCCUCCAAGUACGAACUGUCGGAGGCCGAAGCGGCGCUUCCCAAACUGGAUCCAGAAGAAUACUGGGCCAACUACGGCAAUGAAGACUCCUCCAUCCGCUGCUUCGAGCUGGAGUGUCCUCCCAGCUACGACAGCGCAGCGUUCCCCUCCUCCUCCUCCUUCACCAUCACCCCAUCAACACUCCACCUCCUCUCUGUCUCCAUCCUGACAUUCUCACUCCACCUCCUUUUAACCUGAGCUCCUUUUCUCCUCCCAAACCUUU